AUGCCAUGCCAUUUCUGUGGUGCGAGCGCCCAGUGGCUGGCCGAGGAAAGGACCAGGGUCGUCGGCACUUCCCCUCCCAAGAAGAGAGGGUGGACCAGCUACGUCGAGAAGGACACCGCCGGCCAGACAAACAUGGCAACAUCUACUCCCUCGAGACAGAAAGAUAUGACAAAUGCUCUAGACCCCGUCGCCGCGGCCUCGUCCUUCCUCAUCCAGGUGAACAAGAACCAGUCGUACGUGCCGGGGCCAGCGCAGACCCUCGAGGCCCCUGCCCUCGCAGAGGCAGUAGAGGCACAGGAUAGGGCCGCCGUCCAGGCGGCAGCACCAGAGGCGACGUCCACCGUCAAGGCCUCUGCGGCGAUGGAGGCGCAGCAGCUGUCCUCGGUGAGCUGA